AUGUAUGGGCUCCUUGAAAUCCUUCCUUUUAUAUGCACCUCAGCUGGCCAGCUGAAGGAUCCACCCCACACGCGGCCCGCCCUCCCCGGCCCCGUCCCUCGUGGCCGCCCCGCCCUCUCAGGCCCAGCCAGCAGGGUGGUGCUGAAGGGCCUCCCCGCGCUGCCGUCCCCCGAGCCGCUCUACGCCCUGGCGCGGAUGGGGCACGGAGAUGAGAUCGGCCUGGGCAUCCCUCAGCGCCUGGAGGCUGUGCUGCAGCCGCUACCACUGGACUGCUACAUGGAGAGCCCGGCUGUGGUCGUGGAGCUGGUGCCCAGCGACAGGGAGAGGGGCCUGCAGACCCCAGUGUGGCCAAGCUACCAAUCCAUCCUCUCCAGGGCCGGCUGUGCGAGCCCCCUGGCCACGAUAGAGAGAUUGGAGUUUUAUGAGUGGACCAGAAAGGCUGUUGCUGUUGUGACAACUGGGGAGGCGGCCCUCUACGGAAACCUCAUCCUCAAGAAGGGGUUGCCGGCCCCCGAUGCCCUGUUCCAGGCCUGUUGAAGACCACCCGCCCAGGGAGGGAUCUGGAACCCUGAACCCGACGCCGCCACCAGCAGGCGUGCCCAGCGGCAGAUGAACUGGCCUGGCCCUGCCCGGCAGCGCUCAAAGCUCACCCAGCCAGGGGCUCCAGGGGCCCAGCGGGUCCUGGGGGGGCCUCUGCUGACCAGGGCUGGCAUUAUCCCAGUUCAGGAAAAUGAUGGAAAAGUGCAGUGACUUGCCAACAUACAGUCCAAAGGUUUAAACAGGAGCUCCAU